GUUGUCUUCGCAUUCUUCAUAGUGGAAAUGCUCAUAAAAAUGGUGGCCCUGGGAGUCUCUGGCUACCUUAGCAACCACUGGAACAAGUUCGAUGUCUUUGUCAACUCUGCAAAACUGCUGGAUUAUGUACUGGCUUCCCUUGGCAUCCCCUGGGAAAUCUCCAGAGCACUGGGCCCAGUGAGACUGGUGGGCAGAGUAACAAGCAUGCGAGCCAUGGUGAAAGUACUCUUGGACACCGUGCCCAUGCUUGCCAAUGUCCUCAUUCUCUACAUCUUCAUCGUCCACAUCUUUGCUGUUGUGGCGGUCCAGCUGUGGGCGGGGCAGCUGCUUAAUCGCUGCUUCCUGGGAGAGGACAUUCCUGCAAUGUACAAUAUGCCCUUGUCUCCAUACUAUAUGUCCUCGCUUGGAGAAAAGGUACCGUUUAUCUGCUCACCUGACAACAGGAAUGGGAUGCUACGCUGCAGUGAUGUGCCACCUUACAUUGAGAAUGGUAAAAUCUGUUCGUUGCCCGCUCCCCACCAUGUUUCUGAGUUAGUCCCUGCGGUUGCUGGGGGCAGCUCCUGUGUUAACUGGAACAUGUACUACAACAUCUGUCGUGCCGGGGACCUCAACCCUCACUUGGGAGCUGUGAGCUUCGACAACAUUGGCUUCGCCUGGGCAACCAUAUUCCAGAUUAUCACACUAGAAGGAUGGGCCGAGAUCAUGUUUUUCAUCAUGGAUGCUUAUUCCUUCUGGAGUUUUGUGUUCUUCCUCCUCGUCACCAUUGCCCAGUGGAUGUUUGCAAAUGCCAUUGGAGCACUAGGAGUGCUGAAGGCUAGAAAUAUCAGAGUUCUGCUGAAGACCAUUAUGAAGACCCUGUCGCAGGUUGGAAACAUUUGCCUCCUCUUCAUGUUCUUCUUUUUUAUCUACGAUGCGCUGGGAGUGGAGCUGUUUGGCAAGCUAGAAUGUAGCGAGGAUAACCCGUGCAUGGCUCUCAAUCGGCACGCCAACUUCAAGCAUUUUGGGACGGCCCUGCUCACACUCUACCAAGUAUGCACCGGAGACAACUGGAACAUCAUUAUGAAAGACACGUUGAGGGAGUGCUGUCCUAAGGAUCACAACUGUUCCAGUUACCUGUCCUGGGUCUCUCCAAUCUACUACAGCACCUUUGCUGUUACGGCCCAGUUUGUGUUGGUGAACCUGGUGGUGGCAGCAAUAAUGCAAGCACUGGAGGACUCCAACAUG